UUUAAAUUUAAAUUUUAAUAAGAUAGUUUGAAUGCACAAGUUAAUAACAAUUUAGACUUUUUAAUUUAUGGACUUAGUAGUCACCUAAUAAUUUGGGACAAAGAAAAUAAUGAAUAAUUUAAUGUAUUGCAUGCUUUUCUUUAUGGAACUUCUUGUAGCUGCAGAGAUGAGAUAUCGUCCUGUCAUUAUUGUUCAUGGACUUUUUGAUGGGCCUAAACAAUUCAUCCAGAUGGCAAAUUUCAUCAAUCAGUCCCACCCUGGUACCAUGGUGACCACAGUGGACUUGUAUGAUGAUUUGGCCAGCCUAAAACCUUUGUGGGAGCAGGUUAAGGGCUUUGGAAAGGUUAUCGAACCCAUCAUGCAGAUGGCCCCAGAUGGAAUCCAUCUCAUUUGCUUCUCACAAGGUGGUUUGGUGUGCCGUGGUGUUCUUGCCACUUUUCCUAAACAUAAUAUCCAUUCUCUGAUCCUCCUCUCAUCACCGCUAGUUGGCCAGUAUGGAGACACAUCUUAUUUGGAAAAUGUCUUCCCACAUUGUAUGAAGUCAAAGGUUUAUCAUCUGUGUUAUAACCCAUGGGGACAAAAGAUCUCAAUCUGCAACUAUUGGAAUGAUCCACACCAGAGAGCGAGGUACUUAACGAGCAGCAAUUAUCUUGCCCUUUUGAAUGGCGAGAGAAAACAUUCCAAUUUAUCAAAAUGGCGAGAAAGCUUUUUGCGCAUUAAGAAAUUGGUGUUGAUUGGAGGACCAGAUGAUGGUGUUAUCACACCCUGGCAGUCAAGUUUCUUUGGAUUCUAUGACAGCAAUGAAACAGUAGUCGAAAUGAAACAACAAGAGUGGUACCAAAAUGAUACGUUUGGCCUGAAGACAAUGGACUCCAGUGGAGCCGUGGUCCGGUGUGCAUUCUCUGGAGUCAGGCAUGCCUUCUGGCACACAAACUUCACUGUGUACAAAAACUGCAUAGAGCAAUGGCUGACAUAGGUGCCUAAAACAGUCACACACACACACACACACACACACACACACACACACACACACACACACACACACACACACACACACACACACACAUUCUCUGAAGGCAUGUAGAAUAAGAUCUGAAUAAACAAAAUAAGCAUUUGUAAGUUAUACAGUUGAAAAGGUCCUUAAAAACUUGAAAUGCUAUGAAAACUUAUACUGUAUUGCAAAAUGAUAUAGGGCGAUUUUGGUGUAGAAUUUUUAUACAACU